AUGUCUCGGGCAAGGUCUAUUGAAUAUAUCAACACUUUUGAGGAGAUAGCAUCUGUUUUUGAUGUAAUUAACAAGAUAGGUCAAGGAACGUUUGGGACGGUUUUUUCUGUAAGGCCGAGGUUUGAUCCGAAUUCUUCAAUAUUAGCACUGAAAGUGAUGGUUCCGACUACUGGACUUCGUCGAAUCGAAAAUGAGCUGCGCAUUUUACGUGUACUCGAUGGUCAAAAUGGUGUUAUUAAAUUGAUAUCUGCAAAGAGAAUUCGAGAUCAUGUUUUCAUAUUAACUCCAUAUAUCAGAUGCAAGUCUUUUUCUCGCUAUUAUUUGACAUACGAUGAAAAAGAGAUAAAAAGAUAUCUCACGUCUCUACUAAAAGCCUUAGAACAUGUGCAUCGUCAUCGAAUAAUUCACAGAGAUGUUAAACCCUCCAAUUUUUUACUUGACCAAUACACUCAGCAGUACACUUUGGUAGAUUUUGGUCUCGCUCAUUCUCAAGAGGCUGGUGAUGUGGACAGAAAUUGGACUCCCACACCGAUGCCUCUUGCUAAUCCUAAACGGCAAUUCUCCUUUGCUACUUCGAAUUCUUGCAAGCACAAGCUAACUCGUUCUUUAGUUGAUGACAAAUAUCAUCUUGUUAGACGUUUCUGGGAUGGCACGGAUAGUGGAGACAGGUUGGUGCUUCGUUCCUCCUCUCUAUCUGAUUUACCAAACUCACCUACAACCUCAGAUUCUUCAAAGCCUGCUUGCGUUUGUGGCAAUCGUCUCACUGUUUGUCGUCCGUGCCUCAACUACCGCAAGGGCCCAACGGCUCGUAGAGGUGGCACUCUCGGCUACAGACCUCCUGAAGUGAUUUAUAACACUGCAAAUCAGACCACUGCUGUGGAUAUUUGGGCUGUUGGUGUGAUUUUUUGCUCAUUUCUCACUGGGCAUUAUCCAUUCAUCCCUGGGGAUAGUGAUUUUGAGGCUAUUCACGCUUUCACUCAUUUACUCAGCUUUGAAAGAAUGCAGAAAGGGGCUCAGGCAGUUGGAAAGAAUCUUUACCUCUCUCCCAAACCAUCUCCUCUUGCAGGCCAAAAAGACUACAUUUACCUCAAAGAUCGACUUGAGAGGAUUCGAAGGGAAAUGAAGGAGCCUCCUCCACUUCCCCCAACUUUCUCUUCUGAUGCUCCACCCCCAGGGCCCACUGUCGCUCUUCCAAGAAAUUACAAAUUCGAGGUCAUGACCUUCGACCUCUGCUCACGUCUUCUCGAACCAAACCCACGUCUCCGAAUAUCCGCCUCUAAAGCUCUCGCCCACCCCUACCUCGCUGGUAGCAAAUGA